AUGGAUAAAAAUAUUGAAAAUUUUUUAAAAGAACAUAAAGAUUUUACAUAUGAUGAAACCAACAAAAGAAUAAAAUGCACAACAACAAAUCAUGAAAUGCCCUUAAAGUUCGAUCUUUUAAAACAACACUUGGAAUCAAAAAGAUAUAAAACAGAAAAAAACAGAAAUUUUGACUUUUCAAUUUAUGAAGAAAAACAAAUUAUUCAACACAAAAAAGCAAACAAAUUGUAUUGUAUUUUAACCUCAACAGAAUUAAACAAAGAUAAAGAAGAAAUUGAAAAUCACAUUAAUGGUAGAAAAUAUAGAUUGGCUGUAGAAAAGAAAACCAUAUCAAAAAGUAGAAAGAAGAAACAAAUGUCAGAUUCUUAUGAAGGUGAAGAGGAUGAUAUGGAAAAAGAGGAAGAAGAGGAAGAAGAAGAAGAAGAGGAAGAAGAAGGUGAUGAUGAUGACAGCGAAUUUGAAUUCUUUGACUAUGAUAAAGAGGGUGAAAGAAUCGGUGAAAAUGGUGAAAUUGUUGAAAAAGAAGAUGAUGAGGAUAGUGACGAAGAUGAUGAGGAUGGUGAAGAUGGUGAGGAUGAAAUUGAAAGUGACGAAGAUGAUUUUGAAGAGGUUUUAGAAAGUGAAGAAGAGGAAAACUUUAAUCUUAUGGAUGAUGAUUUUGAAGGUUAUGACUAUGAAGCUUUUGAAAAAGAAGAACAAGAAAAAAAAGAGAAAGAACAAAACCAAAGUAAAAAAGCAUCACAACCACAAAAACCACAACAACAAAAACCACAACAACAAAAACCACAACAACAACAAAAACCACAACAACAAAAGCCACAACAACAACAACAAAAGCCACAACAACCACAACAAAAGCCAUCACAAAAUCAAAAAUCAAACCAAAAUAAAGAAAACAAUGAUAACAAAAAGAGAAAGUUUGAAAAUACAAAUAAUCAAAAUAAGAAAUUUAAAACUAAAUAA